AUGUUCUUUAAAAAAGCUUCUUCUUUAGGUAUUCUCAAAAAGCCUGGAAAGGACGUGAAGAUCUCACCAAGCUCCACCCUUCCACAGCGCAGAAGUCAACUGCGGUGGCGAGAGUAUCUUUUUCCAUUUUGUUCAGCUAGCACAAGUCGAGAAAAAUUAAGUUGA